AUGUUUGAUAGGUGUUUCAAGUUUGUCAGGCAACAAAAUGGAGCCCUGUCAGAGUUUGUCAGGCAACAAUAUGGAGCCCUGUCAGAGUUUGUCAGGCAACAAUAUGGAGACCUGUCAGAGUUUGUCAGGCAACAAUAUGGAGCCCUGUCAGAGUUUGUCAGGCAACAAUAUGGAGCCCUGUCAGAGUUUGUCAGGCAACAAUAUGGAGCCCUGUCAGAGUUUGUCAGGCAACAAUAUGGAGACCUGUCAGAGUUUGUCAGGCAACAAUAUGGAGCCCUAUCAGAGUUUGUCAGGCAACAAUAUGGAGCCCUGUCAGAGUUUGUCAGGCAACAAUAUGGAGCCCUAUCAGAGAUUGUCAGACAACAAUAUGGAGACCUGUCAGAGUUUGUCAGGCAACAAUAUGGAGACCUGUCAGAGAUUGUCAGACAACAAUAA